UUGAUUACUGUAGCAACUCAUGAUAUUGCCGAGUCAUUAGCACAUCUUAUCGACGGUUAUCAAAUCAUGUACAAUCAGGGGAGCUCGGUUUUCAAGAAGAAAGGCUUGGAACGGUGUGAGAGUGCCGAUUUGCGAGUUGCCGUCGCCCACAGACCACAGAAUUCGUCUUACGGAGUUAAUAAUGACGCAAGGAUAAAGAGGGAGCAUGUUACAUUGAAAGAAUUGAUCGGUGGAGGGCAGUUCGGCAACGUCUAUCGAGGGACAUUGGCGGAUCCGGUGAGAUUAGUCGUAAAUUAUGAUCCAAGACGAUUUAUAGAGGCUUUGCAAUUAAUCUCCAUUGACAACCCCCACGAUUCAAUGGGCGCAGCGACCCUCUUUAAGCCGAGUUGA